AUGAACGGGCGCAAUGGCACCCUCUCGCCUGUCUCGACCGACAGCACCGAGUGGUCGCCCAUCGGCCGCUACCAGAGCCUCGACAACCCGUACUCGCCCUCGCUGCCCCCGUCCAGGAACGGCGUCACCCCGCCAGGCAGCAUCCACAGCAACGUCGAUGGGCGCAUGUCUGGCGGCAUGGCCCGCAACGGCAACCCCUCGCCGCCGAGCUCGGUGGGGCGCUCCAGUGACGGCACCGGCUUGUAUGCCCAGAGCAUGAGCGACCGCGGCAUGAACGACCGCAAGAUGAUGGCGCUCGAGGAAACCCUCUCUGAGCACUACCGCGUGCUGAAAGCCUACCUGGGCCCUUACCUGAACGACGAGAAGGGCAACCCGCGCCCGAGCAGAGCAAAGGACAAGCUCACGCGCCUGUCAACGGUGCAGUUCCAGGAGCUUAGCACCGACGUAUACGACGAAUCAAUCCGCCGCGAGCAAGACCGAAAGCGCGGCGGGCCUGGUGCUCCAGGCAACGAGACCCCGAAGCACCUUCUGCCCAAAAACAACUUCCACCCAAAGCGCAACCAGGCGCGACAGAAGCUGUCCACGUUGCCGCUCGAGCGCUUCCGCCAGCUCGCCACCGAUGUAUUCUACGAACUUGAGAGAAGGACGCCGCGCUUUGCUGGUGGCGACAUGCCUAGAAGUAGCAGCCCCGCCGGUAGUAUGGCCAGCAGGACCAGCAGAGGGGCUCCCAGUCGCGUCGGUACACCGAACAGUAUGCGUGGCGGCCGUCCUCCUCCUGGUGGAUAUCGCAAUGGCCCUCCGCCGCCUGGUAUGAUGCCUGGGCCACCGGGCGCGCUGCGCCCUGGCUCACAGCCUAACGAACUUGGACGACCGCUUCCCAAAACCUUCCAGUCGAACACCAUCGUGCCGAACAAGGGUACCAUGGUCGAGGACGACGACGACAGCGGCGCGGAUGACGACGAUGCCUUCAACUUGGAAGGUGCUGCAGCUCGGCGACAGACUAACAAGAGCGCGAAGAGCAUGAGCGAGGCACAGGAGAAGAUGAUAUCGGAUCUGGAAAAUCAGCUAUCGGAGCUGCAGGCCAAAGUGGACUCGUUGGAGGGAUCAUUGCGAGACAAAGACGCAGAGCUGCAAAAGGCAAAAGAUGCAGAUAGCGCGCGCGAUACCAAUACGGCAUCGGAGCGAGCAGAAUGGGACGACUUGCGUUACACAUUGGAAGAGAAAGUUGAGAAAGCCGAGAACUUGAAUACCUCCCUACGUUCAGAGAUUGACCGGUUACGGAACGAAAACGCAGACUCGGAACGGAACCUGCGUGCUCAGAUCGCGCACCUGGAAGCGAACCCGCCUCAAAAGGCAUACGACAGUGACAAUGAGGAAUGGCGACAGCGCUGCGAGGAACUGGAACGUGAACUUAGCGAGCAGCAACAGGUGUCUGAAGAGGUCCGCCGGGAUGCCCAGAUGUUCUUGCAGGAAAUGCGGGAGCUGUCAUCACGGAGUGAUGCAGCUGUCGAGAAGGAGGAACGUCUCGCCGGUCAGGUCUCCACCCUAGAGGCCGAAGUCAAAGAGUGGAAGACCCGUUACGCACGUGCCAAGACGCAGCUGAGGAGCUUGAAAGCAUCGUCUAUCGGUCUGGCGUCUCUCGCAUCUCCUGACAUCAGCAACUAUACCCGCGACGCUACUCUCAGCACUCCAGAUGGCGCUGUCAAGGAUGUCCACGUUACCAACUUCCAAUUGAGCAUAGACGAGCUGCUCCAGGUAGCGCGCAGAGCUGAUCCUGAGCAGGUGCUCGAGAGCAUGAGGCACGUGGUGAAGUGCGUACGAGCCAUCACUGGGGAUAUCGACAACACCUCGCUCUCCCAGCUCGCGUCUCCGACUAGUAGCGUGAGUGGAGAUAUGUCAAACCCUGAGAAGAAACUCAAGUCGCGCGUCAGCGCCACCGCAAACAAUCUCAUCACUGCGAGCAAAAAUCACGCAUCAUCUGGUGGCCUUGCGCCUGUCAGCCUGUUGGACGCUGCAGCUAGCCACCUUUCCACUGCUGUGGUCGAAUUAGUCAAGCAUGUGAAAGUUCGGCCGACACCCGAGGAUGAACUCGACCAGGACGAGGAAGACGAUAGACCCAUGCCCCUCAAGCCCAACGGUUCUACCUCUAAUGUCGCGAACGGCAAUCCUGUGGGUCUUGGUCUCGGCCAUCAACGCCAGCGUAGCAAAGGUGGGAGCAGCGAAUCAACCAGAUAUAGUGCGUACAGCUCGCCCUACAGCGGCUACGACCGUCAGAGUUACGGCGCAAACGGGUUGGGUUACGAGAGGGAGCAAGGCAUGACCGAGUUUAAGAAUUAUCUCGAAGAUCAGACCGCCCUUCUUGUUCAGAGCAUCCAGCCUCUGGUCAACCUCAUUCGCUCUACUCCUGUUUCUACACCUGCCGAUGAGCAGCUGAUUGACAACUACAUCCAAGAUAUCUCGCGUGCGGUGCAGGACACGGGCAGCCGCACCUACGACGCUGUGAGGGAGCUUUCCAGCCCUGCUCUGAAGAAACAUGCAGUGCCGGUUGUCGAGGUACUCGAAGACUGCAGACAGGACAUGCUAGCCACGGACAUUGCCGGAGGUGGACGAGAGAGAAUACCCCCACUAGCUUUCAAGACCGCCCGAGCUCUCAAGGAGCUCGUACUUCGCGUCGACCGCAUCGAGACAGGCGAAUUGACUGUUGACCAGACACUCAAGAGUGAAUUUUGAUAAUUUCUGCUUACGACCGCGCUUUUGUUCUACACCCAUACUCUCUUCAAUCCGGUUUCCAGUACACGAAUCUUUUGGAUUCACUCUAAUUUUGGCACGGCGUUUGGACACCAUCAUACCGUCCCCGAUUGAAUACCGAGACGGAUGCUAAUACGUUCAUACUUGAUGCCGCUACGCACUCUACCGCUACCUAUAUUUAGUGUCUUGUACGGUUCUUGGAUUUUUCCUUCUGCUUGGAUUCACGCGUCAUCGAGUAUCGGAUUCUAUUGGAUCCUACGUUUUAUACCAUGUUUUCAACAGAGGAUAGAGGUGGAUUGAAAGGAUCGCUUGGUCGAAUUAUGGAUAGGAGAAGGACGGCGGCGCUAGAAGGGGGUUCUUGGUGGAGAGAUUCACGAUGUGUGUAGGAGCGGUGUGGAGC